CCAGCGGUGACAGCGGGACAGCCAGCGGGGGAUGAGAGGGGGAGGCUGAGCCCCCUGGGGGAGCAGCCUCUCCUGGUUCGGAGGCCGGCACCGGCUGGACGGGCCGCCCGGAGCAGCCGGGAAGCGGGAGGUCCUCCCCCGCCGUGCCCGCCGCGGUGCUCGGGGGAGAGGAGCCGGCGCAGCAGCCCUCGUUCCAAGGGAGGAGGUAUUACCCUGGCCGAAGACACUGCUUUCUCUCCAUGCUUCUCUAGAGGUGUUCAGAUGGGAUUAAAGUCCACAUGGAGCUAUGGAAAUGGACCAGGAAUUUACUCUAAAAAGAUGGUCAGCUGGGAUUUGGGUUGCCUUAUCUGCCUGGUGGUGGUCACCAUGGCUGGACUUUGCCUGGCUCGACCUUCGUUUAAUUUAGUCGUUGAAGACACCACGCUGGAACCUGAAGAGCCACCAACCAAAUAUCAAAUCUCUCAGCCCGAUGUAUACUCAGCACUUCCAGGAGAGCCGCUUGAGUUGCGCUGUCAGUUGAAAGACGCCGUCAUGAUCAGUUGGACUAAGGAUGGGGUCCCCUUGGGGCCCGACAAUAGGACAGUCAUUAUUGGGGAGUACUUGCAAAUUAAAGAUGCUACACCCAGAGAUUCGGGCCUCUAUGCUUGCACUGCUGUUAGGACCCUAGACAGUGAUACUCUGUACUUCAUUGUAAAUGUUACAGAUGCCCUCUCUUCUGGGGAUGAUGAAGAUGACAAUGAUGGGUCUGAGGACUUUGUGAAUGACAGCAACCAGAUGAGGGCACCCUACUGGACACACACGGACAAAAUGGAGAAGAGGCUGCACGCGGUGCCGGCGGCAAACACUGUCAAGUUUCGAUGUCCUGCGAUGGGAAACCCAACACCAACCAUGCGGUGGCUGAAAAAUGGGAAGGAGUUUAAGCAGGAGCAUCGUAUUGGUGGCUAUAAGGUCCGCAACCAGCACUGGAGUCUGAUCAUGGAGAGUGUGGUGCCGUCCGACAAGGGGAACUACACCUGCAUAGUGGAGAACCAGUAUGGCUCCAUCAACCACACCUACCACCUGGACGUUGUGGAGCGCUCCCCGCACAGGCCCAUCCUCCAGGCUGGCCUCCCAGCAAACGCCUCUGCUGUCGUGGGAGGGGAUGUGGAGUUUGUCUGCAAAGUCUACAGUGAUGCUCAGCCUCACAUCCAGUGGAUCAAACAUGUGGAGAAGAACGGCAGCAAAUACGGACCCGAUGGGCGACCCUACCUGCAGGUCUUAAAGGCUGCCGGUGUUAACACCACGGACAAAGAGAUUGAGGUUCUCUAUAUACGGAAUGUAACUUUUGAGGAUGCUGGGGAGUAUACAUGCUUGGCGGGUAAUUCUAUUGGGAUAUCCUUUCACACUGCAUGGUUGACAGUUCUGCCAGCUCCUGAGAAGGAAAAAGAGUACCCGACCUCCCCAGACUACCUGGAGAUAGCCAUUUACUGCAUAGGGGUCUUCCUGAUUGCCUGCAUGGUGCUGACAGUCGUCGUGUGCCGCAUGAAGAACACCACCAAGAAGCCUGACUUCAGCAGCCAGCCUGCAGUCCAUAAGCUGACCAAGCGAAUCCCUCUGCGCAGACAGGUAACAGUGUCAGCUGACUCCAGCUCCUCCAUGAACUCCAACACUCCCCUGGUGAGGAUCACUACUCGCCUCUCCUCUGCUGCUGACGCCCCUAUGCUGGCAGGAGUCUCAGAAUAUGAGUUGCCAGAGGACCCAAAAUGGGAGUUUCCAAGAGAUAAGCUGACGCUGGGUAAGCCCCUGGGAGAAGGUUGCUUUGGGCAAGUCGUCAUGGCUGAAGCCGUGGGAAUUGACAAGGACAGGCCAAAAGAGGCAGUGACUGUGGCAGUGAAGAUGUUGAAAGAUGAUGCUACAGAGAAAGACCUCUCUGACCUGGUGUCAGAGAUGGAGAUGAUGAAGAUGAUUGGGAAGCAUAAAAAUAUCAUCAAUCUUCUGGGAGCCUGUACCCAAGAUGGUCCCCUGUACGUGAUAGUGGAAUAUGCCUCCAAAGGAAACCUGCGGGAGUACCUGCGAGCACGCCGGCCCCCGGGCAUGGAGUACUCCUUUGACAUCAACAGGGUGCCAGAAGAGCAGAUGACAUUCAAGGACCUAGUCUCAUGCACCUACCAGCUGGCAAGAGGCAUGGAGUACCUGGCCUCACAAAAAUGUAUCCAUCGAGACUUGGCUGCAAGAAAUGUUUUGGUGACUGAGAACAAUGUCAUGAAGAUAGCAGACUUUGGUUUAGCCAGAGACAUCAACAAUAUAGAUUAUUAUAAAAAGACUACUAAUGGCCGACUUCCAGUGAAGUGGAUGGCUCCAGAAGCUCUGUUUGACAGAGUUUACACACAUCAAAGUGAUGUCUGGUCAUUUGGUGUCCUGAUGUGGGAGAUCUUCACCUUAGGAGGGUCGCCCUACCCAGGAAUCCCAGUGGAAGAACUUUUUAAGCUGCUUAAAGAAGGGCACCGAAUGGACAAGCCUGCCAACUGCACCAAUGAACUCUACAUGAUGAUGAGGGACUGCUGGCAUGCUGUGCCUUCACAGAGACCCACUUUUAAGCAGUUGGUGGAAGACUUGGAUCGGAUUCUCACUCUCACAACUAAUGAGGAGUAUCUGGACCUGAGUGGACCUCUGGAGCAGUAUUCCCCAAGCUACCCUGACACGAGGAGUUCCUGCUCUUCAGGCGAUGACUCUGUCUUCUCUCCCGACCCAAUGCCUUAUGAACCUUGCCUCCCUAAGUACCAACACAUGAAUGGCAGUGUCAAAACAUGAAAAGAAACCAUGCAUGGGAGGAAAAGAAAGGAGGAGGAAAGAAAGGAGAACAUCAAGCUAGCAGGGGAGGAAAAGAAAGGAGAAGGAAACAAAGGAGAACAUCAAGCUACCUACCAGAUGCAACGCAAAAAUCUCUUUCUCCAGGACCUUCAUGUUUCUGCUUGUACAUAGGAAAUAUGGGGAAAGGGGAAAAAAAACCCCAACCCAAACAAGGAAAAGGAAAAAAAAAUGAAAAGGGAAAAAAAACAACCAACCAACCACCCAAAGGAAAAGGAAAAGCAGUCAGAAGCUACAGAAAGGAUCUCAUCAUUUGCAACUGUUAAAUAUCCCCAACAGAGGAGAACGUCUCCUGAGCUGUGCACCCACCAAUAUCCAUUUCCUGGCUUCCUGUAAGCUGCACCAAACUUCUUUUGUUAUGUUUUGUUUGUACAACGGACUUGAGGCAAACUCUGGGGGUGGAGGUCUGCCUUGCCUUGUUUAUUUUGUAAUAUUUUUGGAGAAAAUAUAUGUUGGCACACACUUACAGAGCACAAAAUGCGGUUGUAGAGGUGCUGGAUGUAUGUAAAUAUAUUCAGAAAUAUGUACAAAUAUAUAUUAUAUAUAUUUACAGUGAA